AUGCUUCACAGUAACAGAGUAUUCAGUUUAUUUUUGAUCUGCAUUUAUUACUUGCUGUGGACAGCAACGCUGAGCCCAAGACUUACGCUACAACAGGAAACCACUACUACCAAAAUUUGGGACUGCCCUACGAAAUGCAUUUGCCUUUCCCCGAAGCAGGUUCUCUGCAACACAGGGGGCCUGGAAGACAUCCCUACGCAGCACCUGCCCCAGACAGUGGAGGAGCUCUCCCUGACGAAGAACAGUUUCCCGAUAAUAAAAAGCGACGCGUUCUUUGGACUGAAGUCCCUGAGGAAGUUGACGAUGGAUGGUAACAACAUCUCCACCAUACGUCCGUUCGCGUUCCGCGGUCUGAGCAAGCUGCGCGAGCUCUCAAUUCAACACACGCCCCUGCCCUUCAUCGAGCAGUUCUCGUUCGCUGCUCUGCAGAACGUGUCUGUGUUGUUGCUGGCGAACAACAAGAUCCGUUACAUAGAGGGCUACUCGUUCGCUGGCACGUCGAACAUACGAGUGAUCCUGCUGACCAACAACCCGUUGCUCCGAAUCCAGAGUCACGCGUUCUCUGGCUUGACGAACGUGGUCCGUUUGAUCUUCCCAUCCGGCAUCAGGACCAUCGAGCCGGACGCGUUCGACGGCCUGCAGCACGUUGGACUCCUAAAACUGACCUACAUGGACCUCUCUUCGCUCCAGUCCUUCACCUUCCGCGGCCUGUCGUACGUCCACUCUCUGAACAUUCAGGAGAGCGACCUGGGCAUCGUCGAGAAGAACGCCUUCGACGGGCUGGACCACGUGGACCGACUGAACAUAUUGAACAACAAGAUCGACCUCAUCGAGAGACUAUUCCUCAAGCACGAGAACAGCAUCGAAUUGUUGAGAUUUCACGGGAAUCACGUGCUAGAGGCCCCUCGCCACGCCAGAGACAUCCACUUGGAGGUCGGGUCCAUCAGCGUUGUCGACAAUCACUUCCCUUGCGAUUGUCAGGCUCACAACGUGCUCGAAAGCGACUUUGUUAAUGGCACGGUCACCGAGUUCCAGAAGAUGAACUACUGUAUCUCGCCCAUCGAGUACAACGGGAAACCCAUGAACCUGGUGGACUUCGACUUGAUCGCCAGGUGCCACGACAACGUCGUCCAGGACAACCUGGGCUCGGGAGUUGUGGGGAUAUUUUCACUGCCAACGACUCUGUUUCUUGUUCUUUUGUUCUCGAUGAACUUGUUUCAUUGAGUCGAGCUCAAGCUCCGAUGAGCUACUUAAGUCAUAUCACUGAAAUUGUUGCUCGAGGUAAGAGGAGAGGGUCUCAGUUGUCUUUCGAGUACAAAGUUGCUAAUUGUUUCUAAUUCUAAACAUACCAGUUCCAGUUUGGGUUUAGUGUGGAUCGUUGAAUAGCAAUGGUAGCUUUGAACUUCCAUAAAUCUUUUACCAAAGAUGUUAAAAUAAUAUAUUUAACAUAUAUGUGGUAAUUAUUCACAAUAAUGGAGAGCUGAAUGACUUUGAUAGCUUUGGAAUAAAUGUCUAGUUUUCAAGAUAUGGUUAUUAAGAAUCAGAAUCAGGUGAUCGCUAAGUAAAUUCUAAUUCUAAACACCAAGUGAGGUUAUCACUGACUCGCCAGGGUUCAAAAUGAAUUUUCUAAGUAAAUUCUAAUUCUAAACACCAAGUAAGGUGUAGCAAUUGGGGAAAAAUAUGCAGAAUAGUAUCGUUACCUCGGUUUGUGUAUGUGUACGAUUCCCAAAAUUUGAAACCAGUAGUCGCAGCAAUUGCACCGCCUCAGAAAUAUCAGGGUUUUUAGUUUAAUACUCACACAGAAAUAACAAUCUCUGUUAUUGGGCAUUAAAGAAAACAUAAUAUAUUACAAGUGAGUAUAAUUAUAGUACAGUACUUUCUGUACUCGCUCCCAUAAAACAUCUUUUUCAUAAUUACGUAUCCCAUGAAUAUAUCAAAUCGACAGCCUAAUAAUGAUCACGUUUCAUAUAAUUAUUACAUCUAGUAAAAUAGUUUGCUCUUCGAAGCAAUCAAUGACCUUCCUUCACAAAGUAUCAAAAUGUUGUAAACUACAUAAUUCCUCAAAUUCAUAAUAAUAUCUUGAAAUGAACUCUCCUUUGACAAACUGCAAAGCCAUCGAAGUCAACAAUGUCUACGCUAUUGUAAAUAAUUACCUACUGGUAUCAGUAUUCCCAUCGGUGAACAUGCUAUCGAUGAAAGAACUGAUCUCUACUGAUUUACAUCGUUUCCACAUAAACAACACUUUCCGAAAGUAUAGCAAAACUGUUGUGUAACUCGAUAUCAUUUUUCGUAUCACCUUUUACUUUAAAUUAUCCUUCUGUACAUAGCGAAUCGUUUUGUACGAUACGAAUGGUGCAGAAAUUAAUACUUGGAUCUUAUUUUAGAUGAAAAGAGAUAAACUGCGCAAAUAGUCAUCCAUUGCAUUAAAAUUAAUUUCUUAGAGAAUGACAAUUUAUAGUUGAACGUAAAGAUUUUAUUUAUCUUUUACAACAGUAGAUAUUAAUUUAAAUUUGUUACGGUCUUUUAAUUUUUGGAGACAAGCCUUGUCAAAGAGUGAAAUUAAUUUAUAAUCAAGCGUAGAGAUUUUAUGUACCCUCUAAAAAGUUAUGAAUAUCAAAUUAAAUUUGUUCCGGUCUUGUAAUUUUUGGAGCCUUGCGUGGCUGACUAUUGUUGCAGCAUCGCUUCGCAAGAUAAUUAACAAUUAUUAACGACUCUUUCAGACAUUCACUGUAUUCGAUUAUUGUAACUCGCACAAUCUUAAGAAUGCGACUACGAGCUUUAAACUGACCGGUGUAACUGGGUUAGUGAAACUGCAUCCGUUUAGGAUUUAUUCUGUAAAUUAGGAGUGAUCGCAAAAGUGUGACUUGUGUUUGCACUUGUCCACUUCGCAGCAUGUUAACCCUUUGUUUUGUUCAUUCUUCUGUUGCCUAAAUUAUUGUGGAGCUCAGUAAUUAAUUAUACGAUAGAUUCGAGUAAGAUUUAAUACUUUGGUGCAGCCUUUAGGCCUUUACGGUCCAGAUGUUCUUACUUCGAUACACUUUUGUUGAACGAAGCUGGAAAGUUAAAGUAGGACUGCGAAGGUUUAAUGCAUGCCCAGGCAAUUAUUAAUCGAAACGUUCUGUGUCGAGUGCACAAAACGAAGGGUUAUCAAUUCGAGUAAAUAAUUCUCGUCGACGAUAAUGAAAGUAUGUAGAGAUUAAGAAUAUAAUAAGUUCGACUCGUAUUAAGAAUCCUUCGAAGGAAGAAAGUUCGCGCGAUUUGAAGGAAAUGAAUCGCGAUAAUUUGUGCUUGAUCUUAGAAAGAGUUAACUCUUUGAUUUAGAAGAUUGAUUCGAUUCAAACUUGUGGUGCGUAGUAAAAAAAAAUUAGAAUUUAUAGAGAUAAAUCUUCUUCGCAGUAUAAUUGUUCUCUCAGUUCUCUGACAAUUUUCAAUUGAUUUUUCUGGUUUCAACGUUUCAUCUUAGGUAAAAAGAAAUCGCAUUGAACAUAUCGGAAUAUAUUUCAAGUUCUGUAACAAGAUCUUGGUUAGAAAUUCCAAUAAGUUGUUUUCAAUGUUUACGAUAGACACAUUGAUAAACAUAUCAGGGUAGUUUCGUUAGGGGAGUUAACUCUUUGUGCGAUCGUUCUACGUGUGCGUAGUCUUCCUUGCCUAAAAGAACCACUCUCAUCACAGCAGAUUUGUUACAUGUACAGCGAAGAACUUUAAUAUCUUAACGUUCUACAAUUUCAAUUGUCGCUUUAAUUGUCUACGAAGAAAGAUGUUUGAAAUUCAUCUUGCAAGCAAGAUUGUGAAUCGAACAUGUAAACUAUGCUUUUGUUAACUAGGUUUAAUGCUUGAAUACGCAUCUCGAUUACUUUAUCCUUCGUCAUAGACAAAUUUACAAAGUGACAAGGUGAAAUAUAUAAAAUAUUAAAGUUACUCGUUGCGAGAGAAUCUAAAGCUAGCGAUCUAGAGAGCUUCCUAACGAACCAUAAGCAACCUGCUUACAUUUCAUGAACAAUUUUUCAAAUUUCAAGAUAUUUGUGGCUUUCGUUGAUACUAAUCACUCCGAUGUUGCAGCCAGCUUCUUCAGGGUUCAAAUGACUGAUUAAAUAUACUCUUUGUUCCUAAUUUUAUUUUCGAAUAAACUGUGUUAAUCACUGUGGUAAGUUUAUCAUGUUUUUUACAUUGUCGUCACAGUAUUAACAACUUCACCUCGAAGCUGCAAUUUUCUGUAAUCUAAAAUAUGCAAAUUUGCUUUCUUCGAUGGGUGUAAAUAAAUAAAGAAUGCCCAUAUGUAUAUUCUACUUCUGUUUUAGUUGGAAAAUAUGCUCACAGUAUAUACAUUAGUAAAAUAUUUAUUCAAUUCCUGGCAAUCGCUACAAUGUAACACCCUGAAGAAGUUAGCGAAAAGUCAGAGUAUCUCAUUCUGAUUAAUAUCAACCAAUUCCAUCUUCGUUUCUCGGCCUAAAUUCACAGUACUACCGUUUUUUAAUGUAACAGACUCUCAAUGUAACACAGACUAUUCGAGCAAGAAAGUUCUUAGAAAUGGCAUUACAGUAAAACCUCCAUUAUUGCAUGGUAUCGACAAUUGAAACUUCCACUUCCAAUUCGCCUAAUCAGAAGCAUUCGUAGUUUUUUGGUUUCCUGCAAUAAUCGAAAUUCUACUGUACAUCGAAAAAAAAGUCCAAAAAGAGAGAAGCUAUCAUUUGUUGUAAACGCAACGUUUGUAUGGUAAAUGUACGAGAGGGGUAUUUUAAAUUUUCAACGACAAGAAUAUUUCUAACGUAACGCUCCCAAAGCUUCCCCUGUUUUUAAACCCAGUGGACAAAACAUCGUGCUUGUAACUACGAGAAGAAAAAAAAAAAAGGUAAAGAAAAGGGAAACGGUUCUUCCCUCGCCAUUUGUAAUGUAAAAUCUGCAUGGCCUUCGGUCAGCAUAGUAACCGAGGACCAAACUAGCUUAUAUUUUUUACCAACAUCUAACACGUAACGUAUAACGAGAAACAAUAAUUAGGCACUGUAACCUUUUA